AUGGCUUCAUCACGGAUUCUAUCCAUCUCCAAAAGGAUAAUAAAGCCCUCUUGUCCUACCCCUUCUUCACAUAGACGUCACAAUCUAUCAUUGCUUGAUUGUUUUGCUCAUGGUGAGUAUGCUCCAAUUGUCUUUUUCUACCCUAAACCAACACUCACUGCUAAUAACAUAUCCCAACUUCUUCAAGAAUCCCUCUCAAAAGCAUUGACAUAUUAUUAUCCCUUUGCUGGGAUCUUAAGAGACAAUGCCUAUGUUGAUUGCAAUGACAGGGGAGCUGAGUUCUUGAAUGUCCGUGUCAGCUGUCCUAUGUCCGAUGUUGUCAAUUCAUGUGAUAAUGACACGACUGCUGAAAACUGUGUAUAUCCACAAGGGUUGUCUUAUGGCAAUAGUAAUUCUUUUGAUGGUAGGUUAGUAAUGGCUCAACUGACUCAUUUCGAUUGUGGUGGAGUAGCAGUCAGCACUAGCAUAUGUCACAAGAUUGUCGAUGGAUAUAGUGUUGGCAAUUUCAUUAGUGAUUGGGCUAGCAUAGCUAAAGAUCCGACUUGUGCAAAACCAUCUCCUCGGUUCGAUGGAGCAUCCAUCUUCCCACCCAUUCAUAAUGCUAGCUCAACCACAGCAGAGGUGAACAACUUACCACAUGAAGGACAACAACAUCAUGUGACUAGAAGGUACCUUUUCCCUGCUUCAACAUUGAAUACUCUCAAGGCCAAAAUUGCUGAUUCAGAAUCAGGAAUAUUACAAAAUCCUAGUCGAGUUGAAAGUGUAUCUGCACUCCUUUACAAAUGUGCUGCAGCAGCUGCAAGGAGGAAGGCCAUGAUUAUAUCUGGCAAUUCAUCAUUCCGACCAUCAACAUUCACUCUAUUUGCAAACAUGCGUCCACCAUUGCCCCUCAACACUAUCGGAAAUGCUCCAGGUUAUAUUUCCACAUCAACAGAAGAGGAAGUAGAUAUGCAACUACCUAAAUUGAUUGCGGAAAUAAGGAAAGGGAAAGAAAAACUCCGCAACAGGUUCAAUACUAUUGACCGUAACAAAUUGGUCUUUGAAUCAUUUCAAAUAAUGAAACAAGUGCAACAAGUAUUUAACAGAGAAGGUUUUGAUACCUAUAGAUGUAGCAGUUUAUGCAAUUUCCCAUUCUAUAACAUAGACUUUGGAUGGGGUAGACCACAUAGAGUGAGCGUGUUAAUUCCUCCGUGCAACUUCUUUGCUCUAAUGGAUAAUCAAAACCGGGAUGGAGGAGUGGAAGCGCUAGUGACGUUAGAAGAAAAUGAUAUGACUUUCUUCCAAGGAGACAAACAACUCCUUGAGUUUGCUCGCCCAAUAUAA